AUGACCCUUCAGACAAAACAAUUUAAAUCAUUGAGCAGGAAACCUGGACAGCCUAUAAAUACGCUAAAUCCCAGUACUUCGUACACUACAAAAUACAGCAAAAAUUCUACAACUUCAGGAAGUUCACAACGAAGUUUCAUGUCUACGGCUGCUAGAAUCAAUCGAAGGUUUAGACUACGAAGCAACGAUAUCGAAGAAACACCCCUUCAAGAUGCUAAUAAAUCGAACAACGCUUCCAGUAGAUAUAUAGAGAUAGAAACAGAUUUAAACUCCAACAGAAGUUCAGAUUCACAUAUACAAAUCAAUAACGAUCCAAAUAACUCCAAUUCAGAAAAAAUGGAAAUAGAAACAAAGCAUAGUAAUUCCUACAGUUUGUUAGAUUCCUCGGGGGAGGAAGAUCAAAGCGAAAAUAGGAAUAAUAAUAGUAUUGGUGUUAAUACCAAACAAUCUGAACAGUCUAGAGAAGAGCAGGAAGCAACAAAUGAUGAAGUAGAUAAAUCAAGUGAUGGAAUAAUUAUACGAAAAAACAGUGACAUCUUAAAUCAGACGUUCAGUAUCGAUAAGAUCAUUUUUCGAAGAGGAGAUGAGAAGCAAGUUACAGAUGAAGGUAAGGGACUACAGGUCAUCUUUCUCAAGACAAAAAUAUCCGUGCUUAACAUGACAUACAAAACAAAGUUAAACAUUCCCUAUAAUAGGAUCCAUGACAUAAAAGUUAGUGACAAUAGACGAGGCAUUAAUGUCAGUACAUUAUUAUUCAUUAUAGAUGGAUCUAUUUCAGGUAUCACAAAAAUAGCAUUGAAAUUCAAAUAUAGUCUUUCAAAUGAGAAUCUGAAACAGUUAGAAUCAUUUGUAGCGCACACUAAGCAUUCACGGAAAUAUAGAGCACGUCGACCUACACAAAGGGAAUCACUUGUUUAUUUUUACACAGCAAACAAAUGGAAAGAGACUAAUUCAGAAGAAUUUUAUAAAAGCACGCUUGGUGCUGCCUCUUCAACGACUAAUACAAACCAGAGUCCUUCUGUAAUGAAAAACGAUUUUUCGAGCCUAAGCAGAGGAGAAAGGUCACAUAGAACCAAUGCACAGGUUAAAUACAUGAAUGAAGAUGAAGAAGAUGAAAGAGCUAAUGAGAAAAUGGUGGAAGAAAACGGACACGUUCAGAUUGCUGAUUAUAUUCCUGAAGAUGAACAGCUUUAUUUCUAUCCGAAACUAAAGUACAAAUUCCCAAAUAAAAAGACAUUUACAAUCUCCCACGAUGAUUUUAAGUGUUUAUACAAUGAAAAUUGGAUUAAUGACUCAAUGUUGGAUUUUCUUUUAAGCUAUGAACUACAUGUUGCUAAGGAAACUAAUUUAUUGAAAAGACAUAGUGUCGAACUAAUGAAUUCAUUUUUCUUUACAAGUUUGUCGAGACCCUUAGAUAAUCCUAAUGAUAACAAUUACUAUCAAAAUGUGAAAACAUGGUUUAAAAAUAAUGAUUCACUAUUUGAUCAAGAUUUUAUCAUUGUCCCCGUAAUGCAGGAUUUACAUUGGUAUGUUAUUGUAAUUACCAAUCUGAAGCAGUUGAAAACAAAACAUCUGAAAAUUCAAGGGGAAGAGAUUUCUGAUGAGAAUAAAGAAUUUAGAAACAAAUCUUAUUCGAACAACGAAGAUGAUUUACCGAAACCUGAACUUCAAGAUCAAUGUGAAUCGCAUCUAAAUACUGUUAAUGGUCCUGAUGAUAAUUCAAAGCAGAAGCCAAUCAAAUCUAAAACUUCAAUCUGUACUGCUCAAAUAUGUGUUUUAGAUUCGUUGAGAAGAAAUCAUGAUGACGCAAUUUACUACUUGAGGAGGUUUAUUAUAGGUUAUGCGAAUGACAAAUUUGGGUUUUGCGUAGAUAUGACGGAAAUAGGCAAACGUGUAUGUGUUGUUCCCCAACAAAAGAACUUUAAUGAUUGCGGUGUUCAUGUGCUUUUCAACAUUCAUACAAUGCUACAGAACCCAGUUCUGUUUAAUAACAAGGUUCUGAAGCGCCCCACAAAUAGAAAGUUCCUGGCUAAAGCUUUGAAAGAGAACGAGGAAAUUUUUGACAAAAGAGAACGGUUAUAUUUCCGUGAUUCACUACGUGAUCUUUUAUUCAGAUUAUUAAAAAAUCAGGUGGAAGAGGAAAACGGGGAUCACAUGAAGGUUGGUACAAUAACAGUUGGUGAGCAAAGAAAAAUCGAGAUGGAACUUUUGAGAGAUAGAAAUCAGAAGGCUCUCGAAGGAGAAAACUCAAAUAAUGACAACAAACUCUUGCAUUCGAUGAAUACCGAUCAAUCUGCAACCAAUGAAAGUGAUGAUGAUGUAAUGAUUAUUCAUGUAGAAAAAAAAGAGCCAGUUCGGGAAUCAGAAAUUUCAACCCCUUCAUCAUCUAGUAAGGAGAUUAAACCAUCCGUAAAGUCAAAGGGAGACGAUAUAGACCCUUCUCCAGCCACUGUGGAAAUAGGUAAAAAUAAGGGACAUUCUACCGCCGCAACACGUAAGUCUAGCAGACUUAAAUACAAUAGGAACGAAAGUCCCAACUACAUUGAUUACAUGAGUGAAUCGUCAGAUAAUGACAGGUAUGCUAAUUACAGUGGAAACACGAAGCUAAAGACAAAAAAAUCUACAUCAAAAAGAAGUAGAAAACCAAAGUCCUAUGCUAGCGGCUGUGGGAACGAAAAGAGUUCCAUGAAUAUGAAAACUGCAUUGGAUUUAGAAUCAGAUGACAGUAAGAAGGUAGAUAUUAAGCGUGACAAUACAGUUAGAAGAAGAGGAAGGAGAAAGGGUUCGACAAAAGUUCACCUAUCGGAGCCGUUGUCCCAAGAUUCAUAUGAUGGUGACCAGAUAGGCCAUGAAGAACCAAAUUCCCCAAUUGCUCUAUUCGAUACAGAUGACGAAAAACAUUCUGCACCUAAAAAACAGGAACCUCAAAAUAGUAAUGAAGUCCAAAAACAAUCUGACACCAAAUUGGAAUCACUAGUCACUAAAUCGCUUGAACCAGGCACAGUCAUAAAAUCCACGGAAAAUUUAACGAAGGAAUUCAACAGUGUGAGUGAUCCCGAAAAGAUUUUAGAUUCAUCAUCAAAAGGUGUUGAGCUAGGGAAAAAAAACCAAGCUAAAACUAGUAAGAGUGAGUUAUCUAUCCUUGGAGCUAGUGGUGUUGAAAAGGAUAUUGACGCUAAAGAUCAAAUAAAUACAAAUGAACAUAACUGCAAAGAUAACCUCAAUAACGGGAAAGUUUCACUCACAAAAAGGAGGUUAAGGACAUCUACGUUAGCUACAGACUCGCAGUUGGGAGUCCACUUCAAUGAACCUAUUACGAUAACGGACCACGAGAAGGGGUUCAAAGAUGAUUAUUUGUCAGAUAAUAGCUCAGUAGAGAAAAAUGAUAGUAUUGAUAAACCAGCAAAGUCCACUGCUUACCUGCUUGAAAGCAGUCCCAUCAAAGGAGAUUCUUCUAGUCCCUCUGAUUCUGACACCAAAAAAUGUACCAUCAACGAUGAAAAGAAUAUUGAAUGCCCAAAAGUGGGAAAGGAAGCAUUGCAUGUGACAAUUUUCAGCAACGGCAGUGCCUCUCUUAUGCCAAAUGUUAUUAGAAAAGAAUCUACAGUAUCACAUUCAUCCCUAGCUCUGAGAAGAAGAAAGAUCAAACAAUCGUCGGAAUUAAUAGCAAAGAGUGAUAACACUACCAAUACCGUUAGUAGAAGACUUAGGUCGUCCACUCCUGAAGCGGAUGUCAAUGGGGACACUCGCAUGAAACAGAAAGAUCCUUCUGAGAUGGUCAAAACACAGAUAAAUAACUAUGUUUACAAAAAGCCGAGAGGAUACUCUAGAAGAAAUACCAGAAAUGAACUUAUUAUAACUAAUAUCGUAUCAAAAACCAGAAAAAGACAGCAACCACCCAAUGCUGAUGAUAUAAAUGAUGGAAAGGUCAAAAGAUUAAAAACAAUCUCUUUUGCCAAUGCUUCUGUAGGUUCCCUUGAUGAUAGAAGAGAUGAGCUAAAUGCUACUGACUCCCGUGAUGAUAGGGCAAAAGGUUUUGUACAACCAGAAGAGGAUUCGCAAUUUAGUCUUCCAGUUGAUGAAGAACCAUCCCCAGUUUUUCAAUCAGAUACGGUUUAUUUGGGCUAG